AAGCCUUUCAUUAUUCCCGGAUAUAAUGUUUCUGUAUAAGUAAGUACAACUCCAUAACAGUGCGGUAAUACGUAGAGAGCUCGUCCCAGCUGUUAACACGUCAGAGUCACAGUAUGUUUUUACUUCUCUUGUUCUCAGUUCUAGGCUCUACAUCAGCAGCCAGAACAUGUUAUGGUGACAUCAACAACUUGUCUCCGACAGGGAGGAAGGUCGGAGGUGUAACUAAAUCUAACAGUGAAGUCCAGACAGAUCUGACUUACCUAAAUAGAUACCGAUCCUGCUAUCAGACGGCUGCUGAUAAACUAUGUAUCCAAGCUUCCGUCAUUGCUGCCGUCGCCAGUAGAGAAUCCAGGGGCGGAUCUCUGCUGGAAAAGACAAAUGGUUACGGUGAUGGAGGCAAAGCGUAUGGGAUAAUGCAGUGUGAUAUCAAAAACUCGGGUCUCCCUUGUACAUCAGUAAGUUGGAACAGCUGUGCGCAUAUCGAGAUGAUGACAGGCGCCCUGAUUGCUAAAAUCAAUGAGGUCAAGAGAAAAUUUCCUAAUUGGCCUGCAGAAAGACAAUUGCAAGGCGGAGUUGCUGCGUAUAAUUUUGGCUCCAAAAAUGUUCAAAGUUGGUCUGGCCUGGAUGUCGGCACUACCAAUAACGACUACAGCAAUGACGUAAUCGCUAGAGCCAAGUACCUGUACUCCAUCGGUUGGAACUAAGUUUGUCUCGGUUAAACUCAUAUUAUCAUUUACUUUCUGCUUUGAAUUGUAUGGAAGCGUGGACAGUACUAACUUGCAAACAUUCCGUCUUAUAUAGAAACAAAAGAUGUUAUAAAAUAAUGUCCAAGUUCA